ACGCUUAACAUUCUAUGUACUUAAACCUACUAUCUAUACACAUACUAGAAAGACCCUGUAGCACCUAUCUAGCUUAUACUUUCUAUAAUGGACCUUGAACUAUCAACAAAAAUAUAAAUAGGGUAUUUAAACAAAAUAUUAGUCUUAGCGGGAUUUACAUAAAAUAACCUAAAAUGCCUUAAUGAUUUUAUUCUUGGUACAUGAAAAUUUAAUCCAGCCAAAAGGGUAGGACAGUCAAUCUUGUUAUGAAUAAGGUUAUAUCAGAGCUUUAUAAAAAGAAUUUCUCUUCUUUUUGCUAAAGGUAUAAUAUUAAAUUUAUUUAAGUAUAAUUGACUAACCAAACCUCUUGCCGGAAAGAUACCUUCCUCUCUAAACCAGAGAUACUUCAUAAACUUGCGCUGAAUGCGCUCAAUAUUAUCUAUCAGGUUGUAUUGGGUAUGUAAUUGGGUACCAAAUUUAAAGUUUUAAAAUAUUUUCAAAAUGCUGACAGUUUCGAUAAAUAAAACCCAACCAAUUUGGCAGAAUCAGAUAAUCGCGAGGUGGUCCUUAUUUGUCAUAUUUUUUCUAUUAUUAUUGUGUUGUAACUAUAGCCGAUUUUCAGCGUGGAACGGUUUUUAGUUGGUAUUUACGUUAGGCCCUCCGCACAUUAAGAAACUAAAAAGAAACUCAACUAAUUGGAAAUUUAAAUCACAAACUAGUUACCAACUAAGAAUCGCACACGAUGCAACUGAUAAAAUCACUUCGCUUCUGAAUUAUCGGGGGAAUUUUGUGCUUAAACUAUUAUUUUAGUACAGUGCGCGUUAAAAAAAUGCCUAGUGAUUCGAGUGAUGAAGAUAUUAUCCUUUAUUACUAUUAUAGAAAAAGGAGAAACCGACAAAAGAAAAGGAGAUAUUGGAUUCACCCCUACAUUGAGAAAAAUAUAAAAUGCAGAGCUUUUGUUGCUGCAAAAGAACUACAAGAAACUGACGCCAAGUUUCUGGCCUUUUAUAGAAUGUCAAAGGAAUCAUAUGUACAUUUAGUACAAUUGCUUGUCCCUGCUAUCCACAAGAAAAAUACUCCAAUGCGAGAAUGUGUUGGAGCAGACGAAAGAAUUUUAAUAACCCUCAGAUAUCUUGCGACUGGAGGAACAUUCGUCAGUCUAGCUUUAUAUUUUGCUAGAGGGGAUAAUACCGUUUCACAAAUUGUGACCGAAACCACGGCGAUUAUAUGGGAUGUAUUAAAGGAAGAAUAUCUGCCCAUUCCAGAUAUGGAACAAUGGAAAAAAAUUGCAGAACGCUUCGGUUUAUUGUGGAAUUUACCUAACUGCCUAGGCGCUAUUGACGGAAAACAUAUUCGUAUUGAAAAACUUCCAAAUUCCGGAUCCACUAAUUUUAAUUAUAAAUCGUACCAUUCUAUCGUACUGAUAGCAUGCUGUGACGCUGAUGGUCUAUUUACAUUAAUUGAAACCGGUUAUGCAGGCAGAAAUAGCGAUGGCGGAAUUUUCCGUGCUUCAGCUAUUAAGCAUUGGAUUGAAAAUGAAGUCCUAAAUUUUCCACUAUCUUUAAAAUUGCCCAGUGACGCGAGCAAUAAUCAAUUCCCUCACUACUUUGUUGGCGACGAAGCAUUUCCCUUACUACGCUACUUACUGAGACCAUAUCCACAACGUACAUUGGAUAAUGUAAAAAGGAUUUUCAAUUACCGAUUAAGUCGGGGAAGACGUAUCAUAGAAUGUUCAUUCGGAAUGAUGGCCGAGAAAUUUCAAGUUUUAGAUACUGCAAUAAAAUGUCAUUCGCCCGAGAAAAUCAUUAAAAUAAUAAAAUCUGUGUGUAUUCUACACAAUUAUGUACGAAAACGGGAAGGCAUACCAUAUAAUCCACAGCAAUUUGAAGAAAAUUAUAGCCCGGUCAUAAAUCCCGAUAUAGAACCCCAAAAUCUUCAAAUAAGUGCUCAAUCUUCCGCAUACAACUUAAGGAAUUAUUUAUCUAACUAUUUCAUAACUCCAGCAGCUGCUCUUCCAUGGCAAUGGAAUUACACUGUAUAGCUUAUUUUGUAAUAAUUUAAAUAAAUCUGUAUAAAUCAAUACAUACCUUAUAAAUUUAGUUCCUUUCCAAUAGCAUUCCAAAACUUUUCGGUUAUGUCUUUACGCAAAUUUUCAUUUAAUGUAUAGUCAUAUAGACAGGGGUAUUUUUCCACUUCUUGAACUGAUCUAAUAUUCAAUGAUUGUUCUGUCAUUUUCGACAAUUUGAAUGUUUUCUCAUAAAACACAUUAGAAACUAAUCGAGACUAGCGAGCGACUCGCAUGUCCGGUUGCUGCUGACAGAUCACCGACGCGUUUCAAACUGGUUACCAACUAGUUGCGCUGUGUGCGAGUGCUCACAAAAAUACACGGGCCGCAACUAAUAAGCAACUGAUUGACGAUUUAAAUUUGCAAUUAGUUUCUUUUUAGUUGCCUAAAGUGCGAAGGGCCUUAUGUUUCUGCGAUUCUGGUUUUAACCAAAAUAGGGGAAAACGUGACGUCACGGAUCAGCUGUUUGGCGUUUGGUAUUUACCAAUUAUUACCCGGUUUUGGGCUUACAGUCCAGAAUAAGGCUAUGCUUAGAUUGUAAAAAAUUGAUUGAGGAUUGCGAUAUGGCAUGCGCCCUUAAUAAAUUAAGAAAAACAAACACCAAUUAGUUUUAAAUUAUUAAGGAGAACGAGUAGUAGUUAAGGUCGAGGACCUGGAAACGACAAGCAAUUUGCUUGAUGGUACUUAUUUAAGAAAUUUUAUAUUAUGUUAUAUUUGUUACGCAAACAUAUUUUAUAUUCUUUUCAAUUAUUUCAUAGUAAACUAUUAAUACGCUACUUAGUAAAAAAAAGUUAAAUUAAAGGAGAGAACAUUUAUAAUUAAUUUCGGCAAUAAGGUGUUUAUUGCUUCACCCAUGCAAAUUUUCAUGACCAUUAUACAUAAUUUAUUUUAGAUCUAAUAAAAGCACAAUAGUUUACUCGAGAGAAAAGAGCGGCUAAAGCUCUGGAAAAUCAAAAAAUUCGACUUCAUUUUUUAAUCAAACAGAAAAGAAAAAACAAAAACAUAAACUCUUUGAUUCCUAAUAACCAAUUCAUUUCAGCGACUGUUCCUUUAGAUCAGAAUUUUUAAGUGGUGGGGGAACAAUACGUCACACUUACCUGUCAAAGUUGUUAACCAAAAGAGUAAUCACGGUUUUUACCAAUUCAACGCUGAAAAUCGACUUACAACUCUGUAUUCUAAGGACCAAAUAAAAAAGUUUUGAAUUUGAAUUGAUGAUGGUCUAUGACCGAACGCGAUAGGCAGAUAUUAGUACAUUCUUUCUUACAAUGAAUACGUAAUCUAUUUUAUUUUUACUUUCCCGCACUUAGAUUAAGGAGUACAACUGACGAUGUCUAUUAAAAAAAUUAAUGCUCCAGAUUGCAUGUAACUUGGCACUCUAAAUGAAGUUGAAGAUGACAAACAUGUCAUUUAAAUAUUUUUUAUUUCCUUUUGUGGUUAGUAAACAAUAUUUCUAGUUUACUAAAAAGAAAUGUGGCUUUUUUUAUUUGCCCAACGGGCGAAAGUAUUACUUUCUUUCAGUAAAUAUAAAUAGAAAAUACUAAAAUUAAAAUAUAAUGUACUUACCUUUACUUAAUUUUAACAAAACAUCCAUUAAUUGAACGUAUUUGAUAAGCUUACGUAUAGCACGUGAAUAAUAGGUAUAAUCACAUGAUUAAUACAUAAAUUUCUAUUAGGUCAACAUUUGGGAAUAUUACUUGUUACAAGUAAUAAUAAACAGCAAUAAUUGCACCCAUAUUAUGUUCGUUGUUUGGUAAACUUCGCAGAUACGAGCUUUGCUUCCUAGCCAUCGAUAUAAUUUUUCAAAUUAAAUACUUCGGCCAUAAUAUUACCUUCUAUAAAACAAAAUUUUUUAAUGCAGUAAAAAAUAUAACAUCUACUCAUUUUAAAAUAAUACACAGCUAACAUGUAACUUUCUAGACCACUUUUAUAAAAUAUUGUAUUUGGACUAUUCCACUUUCAAUUAUUUUAAGACAAAAGCAUCACACAAUAUUCAAUAAACAAUUAUUUAUAUAACUUACCACUGGUACGCCUUGUAAUGAAAAUAAACAAGACCAAGACCAUAUAAAAAUGUCACAUUUUGCCAGUGAUUUUCUGCUUGAGUCUUGUAAAACAUCUGGUAGGCGGAAAGGGCUAAAAUUACACACAUAAAUGUUAUACCAAAUGAAUAAGUUUAAAAAAUGUAGGUUAUGGCUUAUUUCAUGGAAUGUAUGGAAAGCCUAAUUUAAAAAUUAUUGCAAAGGAAUUAUGUGUUCAAG